UUUGACAUGAUUGUACGCCACGACAAAGACGAAUUAUUAGUUGCAUUUCACACCACGCUACUUACAUCUGUAUUACUUUUUUUGUCGAUACCAUUGUCGAUAAAAAGAUAUAACGGGGAUUCUCUCCUUCAAUCCUCGUACUCUCAUUAGAAGUUAAAAGAUUUUUCGAGUGCAAUACAUUUUGGCAGAGAGAUAAAUAUGCAGAGUAUGAAGAGCUCCCAGAAAAGUGGAAUUUCGCGGCCAUGGAGAGGCCGGGAGGUUCACUUAUUUGUUGUGUGUUCCAUUAUAUGUGUGGGCAUUGCUUUUCUUCCUCCCACAAAUGCCCUAGAAGCUAAAGAAGAAACUGGGUUUGAGGGGACUCGAUCUUCAGACCUCAUCCAAAGGCUCUGCAACAAAACCUUGUACUUUGACGUAUGCAAUUCGUCUUUGUCGUCAUAUCCUAGAUCUGACCACGCAUGCAAGUGGGAAUUUGGGAGAAUUGCAGUAGAACUGAGCCUUAGUGAGGCUCAGAGCGUAUACGAUUACAUUCUCGAUCUCAACGGAACCGGCGCCGCCAGUUGCGCCGCCAUUGAAGAUUGCGUGGAAGUGUUAGAUGAUAUGGUGGCGGAGCUCAAUGAUUGCCUGUCAUUAAUGGCAAAUCGGAAUUGGACGGAGAGUGCAGAGGAUGUGAAGACAUGGCUCAGCGCAGCUUUAACUUAUCCCGAAACUUGCGUUGAAGGCUUCGUGGAUGAGGGUGUGGAGAUGCCGCAGAACAUGAAGGAGAAGCUCGAGUAUCUUGAGAAGCUCACUAGCAAUGCGCUUGCAAUUGCCACUUACCUCUCAGAUAUGGAAACACAAAAAUUGGUGCCAGAUUUCUGAAAAUGUAAAUUUCAUUAAAUAGUUGAUUAACGACCUAAUUGAGAAGGAAACUGACUUUCGUUGGGCACGCGGUUUCUUCUCGGCCUAUUAGAAGUAGAAUGUUUUUUUUGGUUAAUUUAGCAGAUAGUUCUUAGUAGAAAAGCAAUAUAUAAGCAGAUCUGCUAUUGCAGAAAAAAGCCUGAUACAAUAAUGGUGUGUCUAUCCAGCAUGCUGGAUGACCUCUUUUGUCAAAGAAAUUAUUUAGGGGUGACUAAUUUAAAAGAAAGUAUCUAUGUAAGAAAAAAAGGUACACAUCAUUGGAAAAAGACUGGUUGAUUUAGGGCAACAUAUCUUGCGAUGAAAGACAAAUGUACUCACUUGGAAAAAAAAAAAAGUGGCUAAUUUAGUAGAAAAUAUCAUUGGCCGUAAGAAUAUUUUUUUAUUAAAAAACAGUUACCUUGUUAAAAA